AGAGAGAGAGAGAGAGAGAGCUUUCAAAGAGCUGAGUGAGAAGCUCACCCUUCAUUGUCUCUCUUCUGUCUUUGUUUUCUCUCUGUGACAUUGAAACUAAGGAAAAAAACUGAGAAAGAAAGUGAAAAUUCAUAGAAAAAAGCCAAAGGGUAUCUCUGUAUUUGUCUCUCUCUUUCUUUGCAUUUUGCAGUGAUUCUACUCUUUCAGCUCAGUGUGUUUUGGAGUGAGAUAGUUUUCUUUUUUUUUUUUUUGUUCAUAGAAAGAGAGAGAGAGAGAGAGAGAAAAUAUAUACUUAUAAAGUUUUUUCUUUUUCUUUUUCUGUUCUUUUUGAGAGAGUGUGUGUGGAUAUAAAGAAAGAAAUGCAGCAGCACCUGAUGCAGAUGCAGCCCAUGAUGGCAGCUUAUUAUCCCAACAACGUCACUACUGAUCAUAUUCAACAGUAUCUGGAUGAGAACAAGUCAUUGAUCUUAAAGAUUGUUGAGAGCCAGAAUUCAGGGAAAUUGAGUGAAUGUGCUGAGAACCAAGCAAGGCUGCAGCGAAACCUCAUGUACCUGGCUGCAAUUGCAGAUUCUCAACCCCAACCACCAAACAUGCAUGCCCAGUUUCCUUCCAGCGGUAUUAUGCAGCCAGGAGGACACUAUAUGCAGCACCAACAAGCUCAACAGAUGACACCACAAUCACUUAUGGCUGCACGGUCCUCCAUGUUGUAUGCUCAGCAGCCAUUUUCAGCCCUGCAACAACAACAAGCUUUGCACAGUCAGCUUGGCAUGAGCUCUGGUGGAAACACGGGCCUUCAUAUGCUGCAAAGUGAGGCUAGCACUGCAGGUGGCAGUGGAGCACUUGGGGCAGGAGGGUUUCCUGAUUUUGGACGUGGCUCUUCUGGAGAAGGCAUGCAUGCUGGCAGGGCAAUGGCAGGUGGAAGCAAGCAAGAUAUUGGGAGUUCAGGGUCAGCUGAAGGUCGUGGAGGGAGCUCCGGAGGUCAGGGUGGUGAUGGGGGUGAAACCCUUUACUUAAAAGCAGCUGAUGAUGGGAAUUGAGAGGUAAGAAUGGUGGACCGUCUUUAGGAGAGUUAGCUAGGAAGAUCAAUUUAGGGAGAAAAAAAGACUAAAUAGUAAAGAAAAUUUUUUGCUCAUGGAACUUGUUCCUGGUGCAAAAAACAAUGUUAGGACCUAGCCACAGACCUUUCGGCUUUGUGUUUUCUAGUGUGCGACAAGUGCAUCCUAUGGUAAUUUAACAUGUAAAUUUGUAGGGUAUCAUGGUUCUACUUGCCUUAUUUGUGUUUCACUUGAGUGUGGUAUCAGUUUCAUUAUGACUCUCUGUUUGGACCAUGUUUCAGUAGAUGAAUUUUGAUGGUCAUUUACAGAGAUUGGAAAUGAAAAAUGUCAAACUGCCUUGCUUUCCCUUUUGCAGCCAA